UCCAGGCUCCCAGACAACCUCCCCCUGGCUUGGCGCUGGGCUACAUCGGACUAAAUUGUUUAACUUUUGUUGUUUGUUUAUUUGACACAGCAGGAGAUGAUAAGAUCUGUUUCAUACAGAGAGUAAAAACAUUGAAGGCUGAUGGCAAACUGAGUAUAGCUGACCUUGCUGCUGCCUCCCUGCAGUACCAGUGUGCACCAGUGGACUACCUAUGUUCGCCACAGCUGGUGAAGAAAGGUCCGACCCCCAGACCAUGUCACGACAGGCCUGCCAUCAAACCCCGGCCCCAGGCCUCCACCUUACCCAGUCCGUCAACCGCACAGAAACCUCAAGUGCCCCCUAAACCUGUGCACCUGCUUGCCCCUGGGCAAGACAAGAAACUCAAGAGGAUCCCUCCAGCUCCCUCGAGGCCUCUGCCUGCUCCCCCUCCUCCGCCCAAACCCAAGCCCAGUCUGACCCCUCCUGGCCAGGGAGCACAGCCACAAAGAGAGGCCCAGAAGGUGGGGCUGCUCAUCGAGAGGUUCGAAAAUUCAAAGGUCCCCAUCCUGGGGGUGUUCCCACGGUCCCAGCUGCACCUGUGUCUGAGAAUGGACACUGUGUCUGACAUCGCUUCCUCUUGCAGCCAGGACACCACAGCGAAGGUUGCAGGAGACUCCUCCCCUAUGGACAAACUUGCACUUAGCACCUCUGAACAGACUGAUGAGGCAUCUGAUCUGUCCUCUCUGGCAACCAUGCACAUCGAUGGCUCAGAGGAUGGCGUGCUGGAUGACUGUGCGGAGGAUGACAUCACACACAGGGUCGGUUGCCUUAACGAUGUGGAGCGGGAGGAAGGCUCCUCCCAAGAGCUCCUGGACAAUCCGGACUCCUCGGAGCAGAAGAUUCCUAACCGGGACAGUGGCAUUGACAGCCCCUCGUGUGCCGUAGAAGGGGAGGGGUUCCCCAACGAGGACGCCAUUGACGAGGAGGACCACUACGACAGUGUCACUGAAACAGAGAGCGUGUCCUGCUGUGUUACCCUGGGAAACAAGCGAGACUCAACACAGGAUGAGGACAGUGACUUAGACGAGGGGAGCAGCGGAGAGAUACACUCUCUGACAGACACACAGACUGGGUAUCUGAUAGAUGCACACACAGAGGCACCCAAAUGCUCAGAGGCUCAGAAGCUCCUGAACAUUGCCAAAGAGCUUCUCCACACUGAAGAGGCCUACGUCAAAAGACUCAACCUCCUCGACCAGGUAUUUUGCACUAAGCUCACAGAGGCUGGAAUCCCUCAGGACGUCAUUACAGGGAUUUUCUCCAACAUUUCCUCUAUCUACUGCUUCCACGACAAGUUCCUGCUCCCUGAGCUCAAGACACGCAUCACUGGAGAAUGGGACUCCAACCCUCGUAUUGGAGACAUCCUCCAGAAACUGGCUCCGUUCAUGAAGAUGUACGGAGAAUAUGUGAAGAACUUUGACCGAGCCAUGGACCUGGUCAACACCUGGACACAGCGAUCUUCACAGUUCAAGAGUGUUGUCCAGAAUAUACAGAAACAAGAUGUGUGUGGGAACCUGACGUUGCAGCACCACAUGCUGGAGCCGGUCCAAAGGAUUCCUCGCUACGAGAUGUUGCUCAAAGACUACCUGAAGAAGCUGCCUGACGAUGCCCUCGACCAAAAAGACGCAGAGAAGGCAUUGGAGCUCAUCUCUACUGCAGCGAAUCACUCCAAUGCAGCAAUCAGGAAAAUGGAGAAGAUGCACAAGCUGCUGGAGGUUUAUGAGCGGCUUGGGGGAGAAGAGGACAUAGUUAACCCAGCCAACGAGCUCAUCAAAGAAGGGCAUAUCAAGAAGAUGUCAGCCAAAAACGGAACAGCGCAAGACCGAUACCUCUACUUGUUCAACAAUAUGGUGCUAUACUGCGUGCCUAAACUCAGACUGAUGGGACAGAAGUUCAGUGUCAGAGAAAGGAUUGACAUUGCUGGCAUGGAGGUGCAGGAGAAUGUGAAGCAGAACCUUCCUCACUCUUUUGCCAUCAUUGGCAAGCAACGUUCACUGGAGCUGCAGGCCAGGACAGCUGAGGAGAAGGAAGACUGGAUUCAGGUCAUCCUGGCCACCAUCGAACGGCACAAACAAAACAGCGAAACAUUCAAUAAAGCUUUCAACAGCUCCUUCUCUCGGGAAGAUGACCAUGUCCCUGAAUCACCGGGUCCCUGGUGCAACACAUCCAUGGACUCUGACAGUGAAAGACUGCAUGAAAGAAAGAGUUCAAGGAAAAAGGAGAAAGAGAAGCAAGCAUGUAAAGGCUGCAACGAGAGCUUCAAUUUCACCAAGCGCAAACAUCACUGCAAGUCCUGUGGAGCGGCCAUCUGUGCAAAGUGUUCAAGGACCUUGGACAACAAGACGUGCCGUGUGUGCCCAGAGUGUUUUGAAGCGAGCCUCAGCCUGGAGAAUCUCAGUGUUAGUGAACAGAAAAGGAAAGCUUCGGCUGAGACUUCUCUAACGGGGGAGAACUGUCUACACUGUGGCCACCUUCAAGUGCAGGAGAAAGGGAAGAGCUGGACCAAGAUGUGGGUGGCUGUCACCAAAGCUGAGCCACUGGUGAUGUACUUACAGAGCAGUGGACAGGAUACCAAAGGGGCACGGGCGGUGCCUCUUCCUGGGUUCGAAGUGAACAUAGUACCGCCAUCAGCAGGUGAAAAGUCAGAGGUCAGACACGUGCUCCGCCUCAGUCACACCCAGCAAACUUUGCUCUUAAGUGCCCAAGAUGCAGAAGUUCAGGCCAAGUGGGUGGAUGUCCUCUCCAAAGCUGCCCGUGGAGAAACACCAACAGAUACAUCGACGAGCCUGACUGAAUACAGGAAGAGCCAGUAGCCAUGUUGGAGCCACGGGACUGCUGUAGCUCCCCCUUCCCUCCUUCCUCCUCUCCUGUGUAUAGAGCACACAUUACUUGAAUUCACUUUACCUUGGCACUUUUUUUUUUUACUUUUGAAAGGACCACUCAGUCCUUCCUAUGCCACUUCAGUCCAAUCCUCAUGACCACACAGCUACUUUUUGUCUCUUUCCCCUUUCUGUCAAAACACACAAAAAGAAGGACUGUGCUAUCAUACCGCUGUAUGUAUGUAUUAUUUCUUUCAGUGUUUUCAACAGCUGGAGAGGAUCUUUGAAGAACUCAUGUUUUAUGUAAAAUAUAGCUGAAUGGUUCCUGUAUUGUGUUUUUUAAAGAUGAAGGUCCUUGUACAUUAUACGACUGUGUGGUGGAGCAUUAACUCUUAUAGGUUUGUUUUACUUUUUGUGCAAAAGUGUUUGUGUGUGUGUGUGUGUGUGUGUGUGUGUGUGUGUGUGUGUGAGAGAGAGCCCCUUCCCAAGUUUAUUAGGUAUUGAAUGGUAGUGUAACAAACCUGCACCGCCUCUCUGCUCUCCUGCUGGGAACACAGUAGCAGUUCAGUGGGUAUUGUACAGAAACAAAAAAAGACAUUUUAACUUAAAAAGACAGAGAUGUGUAUAUUUGUGGCUGGCCACCUGAUGCUCCCAUGAUCAUCUCCUAUCUUAUAGAGUCUCUCCUCAUAUGUCUCUCUCCCUUCACCCUCUCUGGACUCUGAGACCUGUAAUCUGAGUCUGAUCCACCCACAUUUCCACUCUGUCAUUAUUCUUUACUCCUCCUGAUGAGAGUAUUCAGCCAGAAUGGCCUCAAGUCUGACCCUGCGCACAGGUUCAGUCCUUCAAUAUCUCCACUUGUACAGAUGCUAAAUAAAUCCUUUCCAGGUUCUCUUCUUUUUCUGUCUCUGAGUAUAGCAAACAUUUUCCUGCUUCUCCCCCUUUGGUGAUGUUGUGGAAAUCAAGUACUGUACUGUACUGUACAACUGUUAAUCUUGCCUUUUCCCGUUACCCUGCUCCUAUCAGCACCAGCCUUUAAGCAAAA